UUUUUAAUCACUGGGAUGAUCGUCGGCGUUAUUUUUUUUCAGUAGCGGGUAAUCUAACUAAUUACAAUGUCUAUGUAACAAGCCGUUACUGAAAAUUAAGUGGGGCGCGUUAUAAACUAAAGUGUGAAGUGUACAUUUUUGUGAUGAAGAAAACAGUGGAAGUACAGUAGCCUAUAACCCCUUUCACAUCGAGCUCUGAUACUGAUAUAUCCGCCUGUUACAUUCUGACUCGACGGCAGAUGCUUACUUUGGAAACGUUUUGAUGCGCUGCCAGUUCACUUCAUACACUGAUUACCUUUACCUCAAACAACUAUUCAUUGAUAAGGUGUUACUGGGCCAGUUUAACAGCUCUGUGGGAAAGUACAUCGGUUUCACGGAGAAGGCGAAGAAAUUAGUGGAAGUACUCAACAAAGACAAAGGGUUUAUGGAACAAGAAAAAGAGAAUGAAGCAAAGUGCAAAGACCACCUCUCACUAAUGACUGACUUCGUUUCAAAAUCAGUUGAGCCGACCGUCAGGGUGGAGUCAGUUAAAGCAGCGAGCUCCAAUAAACCAGGCAUAAUCUCCUGCAGUGCGUACAACUUUUAUCCCAAAAACAUCCGACUGAAGUGGCUCAUUGACGGAAAGGAGGUGACAUCAGACGUGAUGUCCACUGAUGAGCUGCCCAAUGGGAACUGGUUCUACCAGAAUUAA